ACUGAAAUACAAAGAAGAUCAGCUUCCACUACAAGGUGAAAUAUGGAAAGAACUAACUUGUUUAGAAAAAGAAGAGUUUCGCCUUCGAAAAGUUGGUUCAGAAAACAUAGAAACAUACAAAAAUAAUCUUCAAGAACAGAAGAAAGAUCUACGAAGAAAACAAAACAGCUACAAGAUGUCAGAGGCCAUGAAACACUUCAUCAGAGCCAUAUCCAGCCCAGGAACAGAGAGGUGUUAUUUCCUGAAAUGGAUGCAGAUGAACCUUGAUAAUCUGUCUCGUAUAAAACUGUCUGGACUCAGAGAACUCUAUAAAGAAAAAUGUCAGGAUUCUGAGAACAAAGAGGAGAUCAAAGAAAUUGAUAAACAGCUUUCCAGCAGCUCACUGGGAUCUGAACACUUCUUCCGUGAAAUGGGUCAGAUCUAUGAAGCUUCUCUGUUCCUUCCAGAAACAGACCCAUCACGUCAACAGCUGCAACAUCUGCCCAGACUCUGUGCUCAGUUGUUGUUGGAUGGAUUUCCUCUUGAGCUUGUUGAUGGAGAUGCUUCCAACAUUCCUCUCAGAUGGGUGAGUGAUGUUCUCUCUCAGCUCAAUGACUUGGUGUCUCCAAACAACAAGAUCCUGGUAGCAACAGUUCUUGGAGUUCAGAGCACAGGAAAGUCCACUCUCCUUAACACCAUGUUUGGAGUUCAGUUUGCAGUCAGCAGUGGUCGAUGCACUCGAGGUGCCUUCAUGCUGCUCAUCAAAGUCAAUGAAGUCCUCAAGAAAACUCUCAACUGUGACUUCAUGAUGAUCAUAGACACUGAAGGUCUAAAGUCACCAGACAUGACACAACUGGACAACAGUUAUGAACAUGACAAUGAGCUUGCAACACUUGUUGUUGGGCUGAGUGACAUCACCAUCAUCAAUAUUGCAAUGGAGAAUUCAACAGAGAUGAAGGACAUCCUGCAGAUAGUGGUGCAUGCUUUCCUCAGGAUGAAGGAGGUUGGUAAAAAACCUAAAUGUCAGUUUGUUCAUCAGAACGUUUCAGAUGUUUCAGCUCAUGAGAAGAACCUCAGAGACAGACAGCUGUUCCUACAACAGCUGAAUGAGAUGACCCAGGCAGCAGCUAAAAUGGAGAAGAAAGAGAAGAACAAGAACUUCACUGAUGUGAUGGAGUACAAUCCAGACACUGGGAACAGCUACAUUCCUGGACUCUGGGAUGGAAACCCACCAAUGGCACCAGUCAAUGCAGGAUACAGUGAGGCUGUCUAUGAGCUCAAGAAAAACAUAAUUCAACAGCUGAAAAACUGUGAGUCAACGUCUAAUAACAUCCUAGAGUUCAGAAAGUGGAUGAAAAGCCUGUGGACUGCAGUCAAACAUGAAAACUUCAUCUUCAGCUUCAGAAACAGCCUGGUAGCUGAUGCUUACAUGAAACUCUGUUCAAAGUUCAACAAAUGGGAGUGGGAGUUCAGAAAGGCAAUGUACAUCUGGGUUAUCAAUGCAGAAACAAGAAUUUCUAACUUUGGUUCAGUUGCUGCAAAAUCUGAACUAUCUGACCUCAGAGACUUUAUCAGUCAGUUGAAAAGUGAAGCAGCCACAGAGCUGACUGGAUGGGAGACAAAGCUGCUGAAUAAUCUGAAAGAAUACUUCAAGCAGACAGAGGGUCAUGUUCAUUUGGUUGAGAGAUACAGGGAAGAAUUCUCAAACAGCAUAAAGAAUCUUCGACAACAAGAAGAAAGCUCUGUUAUUAACCAGCUCACAGCAGCAGCUGACAACAAACAGGGAAUAAAGGAACUUCCCAAAAUCCAAGAGAAUCACACAAAAGAAAUUGUAAAAGCAGUUUGUUCAUUAAUUGAUGAAUGCAGGACGGAAAAGGAUCAAAUGACAGAUUUAGAGCUGAACAAAGAAUUUGACCAGAUGUGGAUUAAAACACUGAACACCCUGACUUUCACUGCUCAGAAACCUUCAGAUAUCUUCACCAGUGUGUCCCAUCAUCUGAGAUUAAAUCUGUCGUACAAGGGGAGUCAUGCAUCUGAACUGCUGAGUGAAAAAAGACUCGUGGAGUGUGGGUUGCAGACUUUCAAUUUUCUAAUUAAAGGAAGAUUUGACGAAGCCUUCAAAAAUAUUAAAGGGUUGCUCAACCUUAUAGAUCCAAGACAACAAAUUGCUGAUUCCAUCAUAGCUUCUUGUACUGACUUUGUGUCUGACAAAAUGAAAAGUAAAAACAGUUAUGAUGAUACUGACAUCCAGGAGAUCCUUCAUAUCGUUGAUGAAAAGCUGAACAAUGCUGCAGUUAAAUUAAAUAUUGAGCUUGAAGUUUCUCUAAAACAGCACAUCUGUGGAUUUGCAGCCAGAGAGUUUCAGAAAAUGCAUGAAGAUUUCAUAGAAGAAAAUGAUCUUAAAAGCUGUCUGCAGAAACACAAGGAGAGGUUCUGUUCAAAUUUUAAAGAUUUGUUCUAUGAACGAGACUGGUACAGUAGAAAGCUGAAGAUGUGGGUGUAGCUGAUGAAAUGCUGAAUUUGUCCAGGAUCAAAUGUGAUCUCUCGAACAAGUUUAUUAAAACUCAAACAUGUCUACAGUUGGUGCAGAACUUUACUGCUAAAAUUAAUAUUACAUGUAUGAAUGUAAAAAUGGAACUGUUUUUUCUGUCAACUGAUUUACUUGAAACAUUUUGUGAACAAGAGGAAGUUGUAUUUGGGGACUUCAAUGUUUUUCAGCAAAUGAGCUGGAAAAUAUUUUUAAUAUUUUUAAGAUCACUUGUGCUUUGUCAGUGUGUAGUAAAGGAGUUUUUUGGCAUUCAAAAGUUUUUAUGAAAGAAUGUAAAGAAUCAUUCUUAACUCUUGUUUAUUAACAUUUCAAAAAUUGUUUAAUAAAAGUUAUUAUAAAUCACAGGUAACAUUCUGUACUUUAAGUGAUUGAAUAAAGACAGAAGCUGCAGUCAGUUUAUGAAUGUCUUUAAUGUUUCCCAGAUCAGAAUCAGCAUACAGUGUAGAAUAACUUCUAAAAGAACAGAAAUAUCAUCACCUCAUUCAUUUAUAGCAGUUUAUUUUCCUUUUUAAAAGUUUUUAAAGUUUAGUUAUUUACCAGAUUUGUUCGUCUCAAAGUUUUGAGUUUCUGAAUUCAACAUAGAAAAUACAAAAAUAAGACAACAGGUGCAGAUUUACAGUGAAGCUGAGUUAGAGUCCGUUUUAUCUACUUUUCGUCCAUUUUAAAACUAUUGGAUGUUGAUGAACUUUUAAAUAAAACUGAAUUAACAUUCAGUCUAAAAGCACUAAGAUAUUUUCCCAUCAUUAUCCCUGUUUUUAGAACCAAAAAAUAAAUUUACUCAAAAGAAAAUCAUUUACACAGUGACUGAAAUCAAUCAUUCCUGUUUGGUCUUUUGACAGUAAAACUCUGAUCCCUCCUGUUUGUCCUACAUGUACAAACAGCUACAUGAUAACAGUUAUUAUGAAUUAAACUUGUGUUUGUCUCAGGUUUAACAUCUGAACAGAAAUAAGUAACAAGUGGUCACACAGGCUUAAAUAAUGUGAAUUUCUCAUCACUGCUCAGAUUCAUCAUGAAAAGAAACAUUUGAAGAUAAAUAAUUAAUACAGUGAACCUGCAGACCUAAAUGAUAUUUCAGAAUGUGACUCUUUUAAAGCUAACGAUGCUAACUCCAUGACCUUUGACCUCUGAGGCUUCAGAGAAGUUUUGCUACAGAAACUCUCUUCAGGAAUAACAAUGCUACACAAAAUCCACACAAUUUAAUCAACCUAAAAUAAAAAUGUGUUUAAAAGGAAGUUUAAAUCAAGAGGACAUUUUUCAUGUUACAAACUGCACCUGUUGUCUUUUGGAGACAAAAUAUUCAUCAUUCAUUCACUCAACCCCCAAAACAGACAAAGAAAAAACAAGAAACUUAAUAUUUACAAAUAUUUCAUCUGUUGGAUUCUUACACAUAAAAAUGUACAGUUUUGAUUCUCAUCUAGAUGUUUGUCAAACCACCAGUUGUGUUUUCUUCUUGUUUCCUCCUGACUGAACUCAAUCUUCUACAGUGGCGCCCUCUAGUGUUAGCUUAUAAAACAUCAGGAAAAGGAGCAGACAGGAGCUAAAGCUCUUUUCUUUUUGCUCCUCCUGUGAGAUGAUGUAGCUGAGGUUUCAAACCUCUGACUGCUUCUGUUUCCUCAGACGUGAGGACAGAAGGCUUCGUUUGGACAGACAGGGUCCAUGGAGACGCAUCAGCAGAUACUCGUCUAACAUUGUGGACAGAAAGACGGCCAUGUUUCUGAAUAAUCUGAUCAUUUCCCCUCUUUUCUGAUUCCGUUUCUCUAUUUAAGGCUGUGAGUCUUUUCCUGUCUUUGUCCAAAGUUUCUCACCAACAAAAUGUCUCUUUUCUUGUGCUGCUGUCCUCCUCUGCAGCAUUCUUCCUCCUUCACUUCCUGUGUGGUUUACAUUGUGCACGUCUCUGAUUUUAACGGCCUUACAGAAUCUCUCCCAGCCUUUAGACAGUAAUAAAGUAGAAAACAAACAGGCUAAAGCUAAAGCACAAGCAAAGACAGCAACCGUGGGAUCAAACUGUUCUGUUGUUCUGGAUUCAUCAGUUUUCUUUCAUGUUUGACAUCUUCAUCUGAGAAUCAGUGGAGGGAAAAACUGCUGAGCUACAAAACCCAGAAGHUGCUGACUAAAUGAAAGGAGCAGCAGACAUCAUGUGUGUUUUACCCUGCUGAGGAGGUCCCAACUUUCAUCCYGCAGCUGUGAAGCCCACCGCUUCUCCUCACUGUGUUUACAGCUGGAGAGCUCCGGCUCCAGAAGCACAGCAGGAAGAGAACUAAAGUGAUGAAGUGAGGAGAGAUGCUGAGGAGGCUGGAGAUUUUUAUCUGACAGGUUAGACCCUAAUUUAACUUUUUUACCAUUUAGAUCUGCCUCUUGUUGGGUCCAUUAGAGACCAGUUAGACCAAUUAAAAGUCAUUCUGUUUUUAAUAAAGACCUUUGUUUUACAGAUACAAAUAAAACAAAUUAAAAUGGAGGCAGGAUGGAAAGUUUUGAUAAGUUUGAAGAGAUUUUCUGCAUCAGAUUUGAUCUAAACUAAAAUCUCAUCUUCAUACAGAACAAAAGAAAUGAAUCUUAUGAUGGUUUAAUUAUUCAUCUAAUUAAGAAAAUGUUCAUAAAUUAUGUCAUAAAUGACAAUAAUUGGAAACUAAUAGAAAGAUUAAAAUAGUGACUUUAMAAAAUCAGCAGAAAUGAUUAAUUUCUUCUGGAUAAAUGGAGAGAAGUGUCAUGAUUUCAUAAAAAUCUGGAACUUCUGAUAAU